AAGCAGUAAAUUAUUCAGUCGAUACAGUUCGCCCGAACCGUGCAGUCACGUUUAUGCUGUAUCGUUUUUCGAUAUAUAUACAUAUUCUUUUUCUUUCAUCCAAUCAUAAAAAAAACUAUUUUGGGAGUAUUGGUUCUGUUGUUAGUAACAUAUUUGAUUUCACAACAACCGUCUACACACCGAGAGUGUUUAUGAAAACAAGUUUAUACGGCGCGACUUAGUCGAUGAGUGUGUGUGUUUGUGUUCACAUGAAUUUUGAUAUUUUCGAUCAAACCGCCUGAAUUUCGAUGUGUUUCUAUUUCCUCGGAAUUGCAUAUAAAUAUUUGUUUCGUGUACGCUGUUUAAAUUAAGCGAAGAGUGUCUGCAGUCGCGUUAAUAAAUUUGUAUCGUUUUCUUCUCGCUCUUUAGUUUUUUUUUUCACGUUCAUUCGUUCGUUUGUUCGUUCCAUUGUGCGUGUGUAUGCGUUGGCUUUAAUAUUUAAAUUUAUCUCAUAUUCGAACUCUAAGUGAGUGCAAGGCGACGACCCAAACUAACAGAAAAACCAACAAGACUCUUUAUAAGACAAAUGAGAAAAAAAGACGCGAAUAUAUAUAAAGAAACGGAGAGAAAGAACUGAAGAGAGUGAAAAAAAAAUAACAACAACAGCAACACAACAAAACACAGAGAAGAAAUGCAUACGACUAAAUAGGAUGGAACAGAAUAUUUCAUUUUAAAACGUGUUCGAGAUAUUUUUCCUUUGCUGCCGUUUCCAAGUGCGGUUUUUCUCUCUCUCUCUAUUUUGCUGGAUGGAUUUUUAUCGUGCCCAAGCAAUUGUUACACACAGUUUCCAGCUUUGAAAGUGGACGGUUUUCUGUUUAUGUCGGGCUGAACUCAAAACAUUUUGACAAAAUUGAUUCCAGUGCAUCGCUUAUGCCGUAAUUGGAUGGAAGGACUGUUGCACAAAAGUGGAAUUGACUAUUUAUGGUGUGCGAGAGAAAAGAACUAAAUGCAAACACGGUAUAUAUGUAUGUAUGCCUCAAUCUAAUGAAAAUGCUGGAAUGUUAAAACGUCCAUACUAAAAAGCAGAGUGGUCAAUCUAAAAAUAACAUUCAUCAACGAAAACCCGAACGAGUAACAUUCAGCAACAUUGUAAAUCAACCGAUAUUUGCGUCGCGGUUAAACCAAACCACAUCAAAAAAAAAUAAUCACAAAACAUAAUAUGAACUUUGAUAUAUAACGUCACAGACCGAAAAAACGUGUCCACAUAGCAAUUUUCGACUGAAAUCCAAAUAUUUUUUUUUUCUCGGUUUAUCGAACAUUUUGCUUUUUUGGAUCAUUUCUUUGUGUACAAAAUCACCGUUCAUAUCAAAAGAAAACAAAACCAAGUCGUGCAGAGCAAUUCUAAAUGGAUUGCGUGAACAAAAAUGGUUCUGGGAAAAUGGAUUAUUCGGAUUAUGAUUCCUCAUCAAUGUAUUCAGAUGAAUCGGGCUUAGAAGUACCAAAUACUACAACAAUCAGAUUACGACCUCAUAGUCAAAGUUCCUCCGAACGAACGAGUUCCUAUCGCUUUUCGAUGGCAAACUUAGAAGAAACACACGAAGCGGAAUUGGACGCAAUUCUCGGUGAACUAAGUUUAUUGGAGCAACACGCUAAAUCAACAAACGGAACCGAAGUCAAAACCAUGAACAACAUGCAAAACAACCCAAUAGCAUCAGCAGCAGCAGCAGGAGCACAGCCACCACCAUCAAUCAUGUCACCCGUUCGAAACGGUCGGACACACUCGCGAUCGAAUUCAACAGUUUCGGGCGUGACAAAUUCAUCGAUUUCCAUUUCAUCGGAAAGCGGAAAUGGCAGUGGAUCCGAUUCAAGUAGUGGUGCAAUGCGAGAAUCACGCACCGAAAGCCCGGACAAUGAUUCAGCAUUCAGCGACACCGUUUCGUUGCUGUCCAGCGAAUCGUCGGCAUCGAGCAACAUCAGUAAUCUCACAGGAAAUGCGCACGGCAAAAAUAUCCUGUCAAUGAACUUGAAUCUGCUACAAUGUGAUAGUGCGAAGGCAGCCAAAAUCCAUUUGGCUCUGCAAAAAUUAGAGCAAGCAUCAAUUAGACGUCUAUUUGUGAAGGCAUUUACAGCCGAUGGAGCCUCAAAGUCGCUGCUUGUCGAUGAAAGUAUGUCGUGUGGCCAUGUGACACGUUUACUUGCCGACAAAAAUCACGUUCAAAUGGAACCGCUUUGGGCAUUAGUGGAACACAUACCGGAUCUUCAAAUGGAACGUUUAUUUGAAGACCAUGAACUGCUCGUGGACAACUUGAUGAAUUGGAGCAACGACUCGAAAAAUCGAGUAUUGUUUCUGCAGCGAAGUGAUAAAAUUGCGCUGUUCCACACUCCAGAGAAGUUCCUGAAUGGUGGCACACAGAUGGCUCCGGGCAAUGACCAUGACGAGCAUACGAGAGCCAUGCUGUUGGAGGAGCAUUUUUCAAGCGGCAAUCAGAUUGCGAUGGAAGGACCGUUAUACGUAAAAAUCGAGUCGAAAAAAGUUUGGAAACGUUAUCAUUUCGUGCUGCGCGCAUCUGGAAUUUAUUACUAUCCAAAAGAAAAAACUAAAUCACCACGCGAUCUACUGUGUCACAGCUUGUUUGCGGGCAAUGAUGUGUACAAGGGAAUUGGAUGGAAAAAGAAACACAAGGCGCCAACCGAAUACACAUUUGCGUUGAAGUCACAGAAGGAGUCGACGAGCGGCAGCGGAACGAAGGGCAAUGUACGAGGCAUUAAAAUGUUGUGUGCCGAUGAUUUGGAAUCGUUGGAAAAAUGGGUGAUGGCCAUUCGUGUGGCCAAAUACGGAAAACAAUUACUGGACAAUCAUCGUACGCUGGUCGAAGAUUUGGCAAGCGAAGAAAUGGACAAAUUCUCAUCGAAUCGUAGCAGCUCCAUAGGAAGUAUAGUUUCAUCCGUUCCGUCGCAUUGCAGCAAUGAGAGUAAUAAUAUUGUGAAUAACAACAACAACAACAAUGGUUCGUCAAAUGGGCGAUUGUCGAGAGCGUCCAGUUCAAGCUCGAGUGGUUGCUUGUCCGAUGAAAAUAACGCAUUCGAUUCAGAUUUUCCAACCGGAACAAUUAAACGAAAGCCUUCAAUGAAACCAAAUCUACCGCUCACAUCAAUGACACGACAAUUGAAAGAGCGCAACAGCAUAGACGAAUCAUCGAAUCCAGCAUCACCAGAGCGUGGUGGCACUUUGACUAGACGUCACAGCCGGCGUCGAAGCGAAGAAAGUUGCGGUAGUAAUAACAGCACACUGAAGCGUCGACCAAACAAUAGCUCUCGAGCUUCAGUGGAUAGCUCUUCAACACAUGCAUCAACAUUAAGUUCACCAAGCACACCAACCUCUCAUGUGCCCAUUAUCAUUGCAAACAAUGACGAUCUUAUUGACGCAUCUCCGUUAAGCCCUCUAGAAGUGAUGCCAUCGUGCAUGACCGAUUCGAUGUUUUCACUGCCUCCGCCACCAGACACCGACACACUCACCGGGUCCACAUUUUCCCUCGAUUCAUUUCCUGCUCCACCGAGUCCCAGCGAACUGAAUGCUAUGAACGAAUUCACUGCAUCACAAUCAAGUCUACAACCACCUCCGCCUCCGCCAAACGACUUACAACCAAUUUACGUGGCACAACAGAAAAUGUGCUUCAAUAAUAAUAAUAAUAACAACAACAACAAUAAUAAUAAUAUUUCAAUUCAAAACAACGUGGUUGGCAUUGAUGAAUGUGAUCAUGCCACCGAUGCUGCUAAAGAUUGCGCAUCGCAACCAAUUUACGUAUCCUCAAUGAAAUCUUCAAUUAAAGCACCACCCUAUAAGAAUCCACCAGCAUACAAUGGCGGCUCGAACAGUUCAGCUAUCUCUAGUCCAAGUGUACCACAAAAAACCGUCACAUUUGCCGAUUCGCCAAUUUUGCUUCGUCGCAAGGUUUGCUUCGAAGACGAAGUGAUCGCCAACCAGACGCAAAAUCAAAUUCCAUCAUCCCCGCGUCGCAUUUCAAAGGAUACACCAGCUCCAGUGCCACCUCCACGAGCCGAAGGCACACGAUUAUCAACCGUUCCAUCUCCACGGCGGCUAGCUGAUUCCACAUCAAAUCCGCCGCAUGACUUUCUACAAGAUUUGCAACGUGUAAUGCGCAAAAAAUGGCAAAUCUCACAGAAAUGCAAACUCGAACCGACCACCAAUCCUCAUGAAGUGCUCGGAUUCCGCGACUUUGACAACAAUGCCGCUUCAAUGAACAUGGAAUACCAUGACACAUCGCAUUACUAUCGUGAAUCAUCCAAUGUGAGCAAUUGGGUCGAGUCACACUACGGUGGUGUGACUGUUGAUAAUCUGUAUGCAAAUCUUGGCACGGCCGCAAAUGAACGAUGCCCAGCACCGUUACCAAUCAUUAAGAAGCGUCCGCCACCACCACCACCAAAGCGAAACACAACUACCGUCUUAACACACAGAACCUAAAAUAAAAAGAACAACCUUCAUUCUGAGAAUUUAUUAAGAGUAACAAACAAGUAAAAGAAAAAAACAGAAGUAAAUGUGCCAUUUUUCCCUUUGUAUCAACAAUUCUAAGAAUCGAAUAACAAAAAAACAAACAACAUUUUUUUUGCGAUUUAUACUUUUUCACAAAAACAAUUUUCGUAAUUUAUCAUCUAAGAGCUAUGUAAUAAGUAUGCACUUCAUGCCAUAUACACAACAUUAUUCUGGAUGAAUUUAAGCGAUAUAAACAUACAUUGCUUCGUUAUACAAACAAAACGUUUUGUUUCAACUAAAAAUGACGGAUUAUGAAUCAAUGAAGAACGGAAGAAAAACAACAACACACAUUUUUAUCGAAAAUUGUUUCUAAAUUGGAAAAUAUGAAAAAUUUAUGCAAAUUUUUAAACCAAAAUUUACUCAAAAUGCAACAUUUUAGACAAAUUUACAAAAAAAAAGAACGAUUAGAAACGAUGUAAUUAAAAAAAUGCGAUUUGUUUAGGCGAUAGAAUCUGAAAAAUUGACGAACUACUGGGCUUAAAAUGAUUUAGAAAACGAAAUCUAAGCAAAUAAUUUAUUAUUGCCAUACACGAUUUUAUUUGGCGAAAUCAAGUCUAUAUACAUAAAAUGGAAAAUAAGUAUCGAUGUUUUGAUUUGAAGCAUACAAGUAUUAUUGAAUAAAGCUUAACUAUUAUUAUUAUA